AUGCUGCGAACAGUUAAAGCACAACUAAUCAUCAUGUAUUUUAAUCAUUUAGAAGUUAUUAUAUUAUUUAUAGAGUAAAAAGAAGAAGAAUCAUCACAAGACAAAAUGCUAGAAAAUAGAGAAGGAAUUCAGAGGGCUGGAUUGGUUUGGACAACCAAUUAUAGCAGUGCUGGGAUCUUCAGACCUCAAAAUUAUUUUUUCGAUUUCGCAUUUCAACUAAACAAUAAGACUUUAGAUCCUAGAUAUGGGCAUCUCUCAGUUAACUAAGUGAAGUACUAUAUAAGUGACGAAGUGUUGGAGGAUGGAACUCGAAAGAGAUUGAAAAAAUUGUCGCCCUUAAAUUUUACAUUUUGCCAAGAUGAUCUUUUCAACUACACAAAUAAAUAAGAAUUAAUGACUUUAGGAAUAAAUGAAUAUUUCUGUUUGAAAGAUUAAGAUUACACACUACAAGGUGGCUACUACGACGAAGUUUAUGAAUAUCUAGAGAUUAAGCUAUACAAAUGCUAAAAUAAGUCAGAUAAUGAUAGUUGCUAUCCAAUUGAAAUGAUUGAUUAAUAUUUCUUAGAUGAGGAGUUAACAUUUGCAUUUACAAAUACUUAUCUUGACUAUAGAAACUCCUCUACCAAAUCUAAAAAUAAGCUGUUUAUUGAUGACUCUUUUUACCUUGAGAUUGAUUCUUCUAGAAACAAGAAAGCCAAUUUAUAUGUACAAAAAUAGGAGGCUAGCUAUCAAGAUGAUUAUAUUUAGUUUGGUUAGGAAAGAAAUGAGGAGUUUUUUUAAGUUUAAAAUAUACAACGAUUUGAUGAUAAUUACUCUCCAUAAUCUGGUGUUCUUGCAGCUGUUUAUAUUAGAUUUGACAAUAGAUAUGACAUCUACCAAGUUAAAAAUUACGCCUUUCUAGAGUACUUAGGUGAUAUCGGAGGACUGUAUGGUGCAUUAUCUGGUAUUGGAAUUAUUUUUGUGAGUUUCUUUAGCUAGAGAAUGUAUAUCUCAGACAUUCUAAAAAGAAUUUAUUAAGUUAGAAAAAGUCCUUUGAAGUUAGAGUCUGAGAUUUAGAGACAAUAAAGAAAAUCGGAUCCAGAUAAUAAAAAACUAUAGAGAAGAUUCACUUUAAGAUAAUAUCACCAAUAUUCCUCUCAAAAACUGAAAUAAGAAUAAAGCAAUACAGCAUAGUAAACAACUGUAAAAAUAGAUUGUGAGGCCCAAUCUUAGGAUUCAAUCUAAAAAAAGUAUUAGCAAUAGGAUAAAGUAGGAAAUGGAAGCUACAGUAGCAUUGAAAAAAGUACAGAUGAGCAAAAGCAAACUUCAAUGAAGGUACUGUAGAAUGAGAAAUUCAAUAAAAGUGAUAAUGAAAAUUAGAUUAAAUAUAAUGAUAAACCUCAAAGAAGAGCUCCUUCAAAUUCUCUAAAAAUGAUAAAAAUUGAUAGUGCUCAGUUAAGAAGAUCUAAAACAUCGGCUUUUGAAGAUUAAAAAUUUUAAAGUGUGGUCAUAGAUACUCCAAAAGACAGAGAAUAAAAUGUAGCUAAGCAACUAGAUGAAAAGACAUAACUAACUUUUAAAGAUUUAGAAGAAGUGAUUUUAUCUAUAAUACAUAGAACACAAUUCAAAUACGGGAUUAAAAAAAUGAUUGAUUACAUGUUCAGAUGCAUUUGUCUUAGAAGAAAGUAAUCUCUUAGAUUUGAUAAGUAAAACAAGGUUCACUAUCUAUUUAGAAAGGGUAAAAAGAAGCUAAAGAAGGAAUUAGAUAUUAUCAAGCUUUUGAAGUCAUUGAGAAAAUUUAAGCUUUUAUAGCAAGCAAUGUUGCCUCAAAAGAGUAGAGUGCUCUUGUCAUAUCAGAGAUUUAAUUUGAUUGAAACAGACUCAUCUUCAUCAGACUCAGAUGAUGAUAAGAAGUAAACUACUACUUUAAUGGAAAGCAAAAAUCCACUUAUUAGGCUAUUCAUGUAUGGAAAAAUUAAAAAGAUGAUGCAGUAAUUCCUUGACAAGAAUGUAGAACCACUUGAGUUUAAUUUGGUCAGAGGAGUAUUCAAGAGGAGAUUAAAAGAUUUCUCUGAAAAAAUGAGGGAAGUUGAGGAUAAUUUGAAUGUGUAUAUGCGUAAUCCAAGCUAGGUGCUGGUUUUGGAAUAGAAUAACUCAAAAAAAUAUGAAAAUUUCGGCUAUGCUAUAGAAUAGCAAAUUGAUUUAAAUCUAAGGAAUCAAACACCAACGGAAAAUAAUAAUAAGAGAGCAGGAAUUCUUAAGAAGAUUUAAGGUUUUAAAACUAUUGAGAAUCAUUGCACAGAUUUCGAAAUUUCAGAUUCUGAAGCUUUUUCCCAGUCAGAGCAAGAGGAAAAGAAUGAAUAUGGAGUUGAAGAUAUUCAAUUAAAUAGGGACUAUCAUGAAGAAGAGAUUAACAAUUAUGAUUCAACUAGAGGUUUGAAUUAUUAUCUGUAGACUACUGAAAAGAUUAUUGAUGAAAAUUCAAAUGAGGUUCAAAAUAGUACUGAUGAUUAUCAAAAAGACAAAAAGCAAUAUUAAGAAUAGAACUAGUACUUAGAUAAGAAAUUUAAUGAAUCAGAAGAUUCUUAAUGA